AUGUUAUUCCAAGCUGUUACCGUCUUGGCCGUCGCUGGCCUUGCUCUCGGCCAUGUGAAAGACGACAAAACAGGCUGGGAGACAAAGUACACAGCCACUGGGACCGCUGAAGUAGCCGCUGCAGCUGCCACAGCCAAGACCAGCAGCCCAACCUCGAAGGUGAAGGGCAAGGCGUUUGACCGCAUCGCCAUUAUCUACUUUGAGAAUGAGAACUACGAAAAGGCACUUGGCGAUCCAAACUUCUCUUGGUUCCGCUCCAAGGGUGUCACUCUCUCCAAUUAUUUUGGCGUCACACACCCUUCGGAGCCAAACUACAUGGCCGCCAUCGCAGGAGACUACUUUGGCAUGCAGAACGAUGCCUUCAACCGCAACCCUCGCAACGUCUCUACCGUAAUUGACCUGCUUGAGCACCGCGGUAUCUCCUGGGGUCUGUACCAAGAAGACCAGCCCUACUCCGGCUUUGAAGGCUUCUCGUGGGUGAACCACAAGAACGGCGCGAAUGACUACGUUCGCAAGCACAACCCCGCCGUUCUACACGACAGCGUCGCUACCUCUGAGCAACGCCUUUCGCAGAUUAAGAACCUUUCUCUUGUUGAUACUGAGAGUUCUAUGUUCCACAGGGAUCUCAAGGAGAACAAGCUUCCUCAGUGGAUGUUCAUCACUCCCAACAUGACCUCGGAUGGGCAUGAUACCUCUGUUACCGUCGCUGGAGAGUGGGCGCGCAAGUUUGUCGAGCCUCUUCUGAACGAUAAGCACUUCAUGGAAAACACGCUUGUUCUCAUCACCUGGGACGAGAAUGAGACGUACGCGCGCCAAAACCACAUUCUCGGCAUUCUACUCGGCGAUGCUGUCCCCAAGCAUCUCGUCGGGACCACUGACAACAGCUUCUACAACCACUACUCCGAGCUUGCCACCGUGCAAGCCAACUGGGGUCUCGACACGCUUGGUCGCUGGGACGUCGGAGCCAAUGUCUUCAAAUUCGUGGCCCAAAAGACCGGUGAUAAGCUGCGAAAGUGGAAGUCUCACAAGCUGGAUCACUAUUUUUGGAAUGUUUCUUACGCUGGACCUUUUAACACUGGUGGAGGAAACCAGCAGUAUGCUGCACCAAACUUGGACCUUGAGCAUAGUUUCUCUGGACGUAAGAUCUUCGGGCCUAUUCGAAAGGAGUGGCGUGAGAGUGAGGCGCCUAGCUACUACAAGGAUACUAUUGAGGUUGAUGAUGGACUCAACCCUCCUAAGGGCUAUGAGCCUGUUAAGAAGUAG